GAGGUCCUUUUUGUCUACCAGAAGAGUAUCCUGUCGGCUCUGUACGCCCACGACCAAGGCUUGUGGCUAUCUGCAAGCAUCCGGGACACUUGGAAGGGUGGCUGGAACCUCAAAAAUAUGUCGCGCGGGAACAACGCGCUUCUAGCUUUUGACCAAAAAAAAGCGCUCCUCAACGUUAUUAAGGCGGAAAUGGCGUUCGGCGCAUAUGCCAUAGUACACGUGCCGGAAAUUUCUCCAAAACGCGAAUGGCGAUAUCAUAACUCUUGAUUUAGCGUGAUCCUCCCACCUUCCAGGUCAAGUAUGACGUUCUUUAUCGCAUCAAUGAGUCAGAAGAUACAGCUUUCGAUCCUACCACAACUGAUAGCACUGCCAGAAUGUCGUUCCCGAAGACCACUCGUGAAUACUACUAUACCAAGAUUGGCUCCUACGAGAAUCUGAAAUCCCGGGAAGCACCGCUUCAGCCCCCGAAGUCCUUCGAAGUCUUGGUUAAGACUCAUGCAGUCUCUCUGCAAUUCCGUGACCUGAUGGUCUCCAACGGCAAAUAUCCAGCGCAGCUCCCUUCAGAACUUGUACCAUGUUCUGAUAUGGCCGGAGAGAUCGUUGCCGUCGGAGAAGACGUCAAGGGUUGGAAGAAAGGCGAUCGAGUAUGCGCAAACUUUGCCGCAGACCACGUCCAUGGUGAUCCAACACCUGAAAUUCAAGCCACGGGACACGGGGCGUCGGCUCAUGGCGUUCUCACCCAAUAUAAAGUUUUCCGUCCUCACUCACUUGUCAGAAUCCCUGAUCAUCUUUCGUUCGAAGAAGCUUCAACUCUCCCAUGUGCUGCCUUGACCGCGUACAACGCGCUCUGGGGUCCGGUCCCUCUCAAACCCGGUGAUAUAGUUCUCGUUCAAGGGACUGGAGGAGUUUCCAUCUUCGCGCUUCAGUUCGCAGUCGCUUCUGGUGCUGUUGUCAUCGCUACAUCCUCUUCGGACGAGAAACUCAAGAUUGCACAAAAACUUGGUGCCAAACAUCUCAUCAACUAUAAAAAGAAACCUGAAUGGGACAAGGAAGUUCUUGGAAUCACGAAGGGUCGGGGUGUGGACCAUGUCGUCGAAGUGGGCGGUGCCGGAACACUUGAGAAAUCUUUGAACGCUGUUCGAUAUGGCGGGUGGAUCCACACUAUCGGGUUCGUUGCCGGGCCUGGAAAUGGUCAAGACAAUGUGAUCCUACAGAGUAUCUUCAAAGCCUUGACGAUUCGAGGUAUUCAAAUUGGCUCCGUAGCACAAUUCGAAGCCAUGAACAGGAUGAUCACCGCCAAUCCUAACGUUACCCGCCCCGUCAUCGACAAGGUCUUCCCGUUCGAGGAAGCAGUCAAAGCGUACGCACAUCUCGAGUCUCAGGCUCAUGUCGGAAAAGUCGUGAUCAAGGUAGACUGAAAUAAAUGUUAUUGUGAAACUUGUAUUUGUACAUGGUAUGAAAGUGAUGGAAGUCAUCUGCCA